GCUGUCUCCAGUGUGAUUAUAUUUGCUACAGACCUAGUACAUUACACCCGUAACGUACAAACUACACAUCCCAGCGUGCUUCUGUGGAGGCCGUGACGUCAUCACCACGGGACCGGGUCGGCUGUCAUUCUCGGGAUAACUGAUGGCCUUGACUCUGAAGAUGCUCCGAUCAUGCCUGCCUGCCAGCGAAGCCGUAUACAGAGCAUGUACCCAUAAUAUGUCCUCUUCUAUGACCCAUUUCCAUAAAAAUGACUACAAUGAGAAGACAUUUCUGGGAUCAAAAUGGCACUACACCAACCAUGUACCCAGCCUACUUUCCAAAUGUGUGUGCCCCAUUGUGUGUCAAAGUGCCCAUCUAAGAACCUCACCUAGUAUGUGGACAAGGCCUAGGUUUUCUGCAGCUGGAGUGGUAGAAGCUAUGCCAAAGAAUGUUCAGCCUUAUCUAAGGCUCAUGAGGCUGGAUAAACCUAUAGGAACGUGGUUGUUAUAUCUGCCAUGCACUUGGAGUAUUGCCCUUGCAGCACAGCCAGGAGGCCUUCCAGACUUUUAUAUGCUUGCUCUAUUUGGCACUGGUGCGGUACUAAUGCGUGGUGCUGGAUGUACUAUUAAUGAUAUGUGGGAUCAAGACUUUGAUAAAAAGGUGACAAGAACAGCUAAUCGCCCACUUGCUGCGGGAGACAUCACCCAGUUUCAGUCUUUGCUUUUCCUGGGAGGACAGCUUAGUUUGGCACUGGGCGUGCUUCUGUGCCUUAAUAAUUACAGAUACAGCACCACUUUGUCCAUGGGCUGUGUCUGUAUUGCUUUAGGAGCUGCUUCUUUGACGCUGGUACUCACCUAUCCAUUAAUGAAGAGGAUAACUUACUGGCCCCAACUUGUUUUAGGACUAACAUUUAACUGGGGAGCCUUAUUGGGCUGGUCUGCUAUUAAAGGAUCCUGUGAUUGGUCAGUUUGCCUUCCUUUGUAUGCCUCUGGAGUUAUGUGGACACUAAUAUAUGAUACCAUCUAUGCUCAUCAGGACAAAGCCGAUGAUACGUUGGUUGGAGUGAAGUCAACAGCUCUGCGCUUUAAUGAGAAGACAAAGCCUUGGCUUAGCGGCUUCAGUGUAGCCAUGCUUGCAGGACUGACGGCUACGGGACUAAGCUGUGACCAGACUGUGCCUUAUUAUGCUGCUGUUGCACUCAUUGGAGGUCACCUUGUCUAUCAGAUCUAUACCUUGGAUAUCAACAAUGCAGAAGAUUGCUGGAAGAAGUUUACAUCAAAUCGCACAGUCGGAUUUUUACUUUUCCUAGGGAUUGUGCUGGGCAAUUUGUGGAAAUCUCAAGAAACAAACAAAGUCAAGGACAUUUCAUGCCACAACUCAUAAAAAAUCCUAAGGGUGUCAGCUUAUCUUCAGCCUGCCCAUCCAGUUGUGGACAAUAUCAACGAUGUUGAGCCUUUUCUGGUACUAGUAUGCUAAAAGUUUUGUGAGGAACUCUCCGAUGAACUUGUUAGUAAUAGAAAGAAAAAUGUCCUUCAUAAUUCUUGUAAGAAAGGCCUUCAAACCACCUUAAUUUCCAUGCGGCUGCAUACAAGACCAGUGGGUUAUCUCUUUGGAGUUACUUAACAUCAUAUUUGCUUACAGUGAAUCUUUCAUUUUUAUCAUGUUUGUUUUUUUUUUUAUCCAAAGCUGUAUACUGAGCAUAAUUUUUAAAAUUUUACUAGUGGUCUGAUAUUUGUCAAAGCCGCACAUUUCUGCAUAGACAUAUUCCUGAAGCCACCACUUGAAGGUGCUAACUCAUUUCAUUAUGCUCAGUGUGUAAACAGUAAAGCUGUAAGCUCUGUAAGGGGUUGUGCCAAGAUACAAACGUAUCCCCUACCCACAGGGGAUAGAGAAGAAGCACUUAAUCAGUGGGGGACAAUUUUCGACCAUUCAUGCCAUACACUGGUAUUUUCAGCUGACUACAGUCAAAGCAAAAAGACUGUAGUCUGUCGGUGGCCAUCGAUUUUAGUGGCCAAAAUCAGGACUCUCGGAUGACAAUUAUUUUGUGUAUGGGCAGCUUAAGAGUUAAUUACACCAUUACUAUUUCAUGAUCAAGUAGAUUUAUUUCUAAAAUGUUAAGAACACUGGCCUACAUUUAGUAAUGUGCGUGAACCUAAAUAUUGGCAUAAAUUGCACCAACAUUCUGUCUCAAAGUAAGCCAACUAAUAGUUGGUAUAAAGUCAGAGAAAAGUGUCUACUGGUAACUCUGCAAAGCAUAUAUCAUCCACCCCUGUGAUAAAUGUGGAGUAGGCCUAGACCGACAGCCUUUCUAAAAGCCCCUUUAG